UUCCGGCGUGGGUCCGCACUCCACCGGAGCCGGGGUCACCCGCGCCCCACCACCACCAACCACACGCGCCCCGCCCCCACGCCGCGCCGGAGCCGACCGAUCAGGUGACCACGGGCUGGCGCGGUCACGUGGCUGGGGCGCGCCCUCCCGUUGUGGCCAUGGCGGCCGCAGGCUCCAGUGUGGCGCGGCGAGUGGAGCAGCUCGGAGACCUGGCUCAGGCCCGCAUCCAGCAGCUCAGCGAGGCGGCGGGCGAGGACGAUCACUUUCUAAUCCGGGCCUCUGCGGCUCUAGAAAAAUUGAAACUCUUGUGUGAAGACAAAGACUGUUCAAAUCCAUCAAACCUUCUCGAACUUUACACACAGGCUAUUUUGGACAUGACGUACUUUGAGGAGAACAAGCUAGUAGACGAAGACUUCCCCGAAGACUCCUCACAGAAAGUAAAAGAGCUGAUCACUUUUCUCUCAGAGCCAGAAAUUUUAGUUAAAGAAAACGACAGGAACCCUGAACACGGCCGUCUGCUUGGGGACGAGCUCCUGGAGUGUCUCUCGUGGCGACGAGGAGCCCUGCUUUACAUGUAUUGUCAUUCUCUGACCAAAAGGCGCGAGUGGCUCACGAGGAAAUCCAGCUUGCUUAAAGAGUACCUUGUUGACGGAAUCAAUUACUUGCUACAGAUGCUAAAUUAUCGGUGCCCUACCCAAUUAAAUGAAGGCGUUUCUUUCCAAGACCUAGACACAGCUAAGUUACUCAGUGAAGGAGUGUUCAGUGACAUCCACGUGCUGGCCAUGAUGUACAGUGGAGAGAUGUGUUGCUGGGGGCUGAAGCACUGUGCGGGUCCGCAGCCAGGAGACCAGGACGUGGGCACCGGUGUUUCCGGAGCGAGCCACACCGCACACCACAAGGAACCCCUGGAUUUCCGAGAAGUGGGAGAAAAAAUUCUGAAGAAGUAUGUAUCCGUGUGCGAAGGACCCCUGAAGAAACAAGAAUGGAAUACAACAAAUGCAAAACAAAUUUUAAACUACUUUCAGCAUCGCUCUAACCAGUAAGUUUACCCAGUCUUUUUCAGACAGAAACAAAAAAGACCCAUGAAAUGUCCAGAAAAGAAGGUGCAUUGACACUGAACUUAAGGUUACGUCACACUACAUAAAGGUGUCCGGCGUGGCUACCCUUUUGACAUGCCACCACCGUGCUUCCUUAUAGAUCCUUAAACCCAUGGAGGGACAGUUCUUUCGUUUCUAAAGUGGCACGUGUGUUACUUUAACUCAGCCUGAACUACAGGUGUCCUCUGACUAAUGCUAAGGAGCAAUCCAGUUCACCUUUGCGAAGAUUUUUUUCUGUUACUUCAGGUUUUUCUUUAAUUGUGGGAAACUAUAACAAAAUUGACCAUUUUCACUGUCUUUAGAUUAUUUUUCUAUCUCUGUACCAUGAAGCCUGCUAUGCUUCAAAGGGUUAAAAUCAAGUAACCUCAUUGCUUUAGAUAUAUGCUACAGAUAUAAACAUUGGCAAAAUCAUGACAAAUGUUCAGAUUCCAUUUCCAGAAUAAGAUAGAUAAUGAAAUACUUGCUCUGGCUGGUGUGGCUCAGUGGAUUGAGUGCCGGCCUGUGAACCAAAGGGUCACCGGUUUGAUCCCCAGUCAGGGCACAUGCCUGGCUUGCAGGUCAGGUCUCCACGAGUGGGGGACUCGUGAGAGGCAACUGCACAUUGAUAUUUCUAUCCCUCACUUUCUCCCUCCCUUCCCCCCUCUAAAAAUAAAGUAUUGAAAACAAUAAUGAAAGACUUCAUAAAAGAAUGGUUGCUUAAUUAUUUUACCAUGUAUUCCUAACAGCAUUUAAAUUUUUUAUCUGUCCUAUUAGGUAUUUUAUCAAAAUUUAAAAUGAUUUUCCUAUCUUGUUUAAAAGAAUAUGUAUGGUUUAUCAAAUGAGUAAUAAAGAUAAAAACCAAGUUAGGUUAGCCCACUGUUAGCUCAUACGUCUUUCAGGCACAUCUUCUCAUAUGUAUCGAAAUGUUUAUAUGUUUUUGUCUUGACUAGUAGGGGUCCGUGUAAAAGGCCAGGGACCCCAACUGCUGUCCCGCUCACAGGCUUUCUGUGGAGCGCCACCCAGUGGUUCCAUCAGUUUCCCAGGACGGACUCCCACGGCCACACUUGACUGUCACCAUCCUGAGCCUCUUUCUGAAGUCUGAAAUUUUAGUAACUGAUGCUGAUUCUCAUCUGCCUAGCUCUUUCACCUCUUCAUUUUCAUUGAUGAUUUUCUCCAAGUCUCACUUCUUCGCAGCCUCCUCCUCCUGACCACUGCCCUUUCCCCUAAACCAUCAGCCCCUUUCAGAUAGAUGUUCUCCUUCCUUACCCAGCCUCAAGCUGAGGGGAAGCACAUGAAGUGCUUUCUGCAGACCCCCAAAUCCGCCUUCCCCUUGUCCUUCAGCCUCGUCAUUCUGCAAGCCCUCACCCUUGAAUUCAUUCUGUCAUCCACCUUUCCUGGGUGCUGAGUUCCGCCUGAAGCGCGUGCAGCCCUCUGGAGUGGGAUCACUCUAAGUACCUCACCUUCAACUUCAGAGGAGCCCUCAGUGCAAGCCUUUUGUUUUUACCUGCGGCAGGGGGGCCCCCCUCCCUUUUCCUCUCUGGCAGAUCCAAGCCACUAACAUUCCUCGGGCCCUGUGUCCCUCCCCUGACAUACGGCCAUGGCCCUAUCUUACAGACAGCCGAGACUGUUAGGAGGUCAGUUUGUUUACUAGCUUUGCCCUCCUUCUCUCCACCGCCCCCCACCCCGCCCCUCUUUAGUAGACCAGAGCUAGCCUGCCUCCUCUGAAGACCGGUCUCCACCUUCCCUGUCCGCAGUCCUCUUCCCUUCCCCCGGGGCUUCUCUUUCUCUGCCUCCCUGAGGUAGUGAGCUUCCCUAGAGUCUGUCCUUUUCCUCCCCCCCUCCCCCGGUUUUCCUUCUUCCUCCUUUCUUUUUACUUACUCUACGUACUCUGGAGUGUGAUGUCACUCAUAGCCAUGGCCGCUUCUACCGCCUUUAGUGUUAGCCCGACUCCCAGCCUGUACGUGAGUCCCAGCUUCCUUCCUGCUCUCCAAACCUGACUGACUUCUGGCUGCCUAUUCAAUAUCUUCACUUGGGCGUCCCAUAGUGAUUUUAAGUCCAUUGUGUCCAAACCACCAAUCCUCUUUCUUGUGAAGUCUUUUCCUGUUCGUUUUCCUCUUUAUUUUGGAUCUUGCACCGAGUGGAGCAGAGCGCCGCAGAAGCCACAACCCGGCCUCUGCCCCCCUCCCCCGUCUCUGAGGUCAGCCUGUGCAGCCACGUCCCAGCCAGCGCCCCUCACACAGCAGACCCGGGCUCCUUUGGAUGCACACAGACCUCCUCAUAGGGCCUCUUGGGACAAGGGGACUCUUCCCCUAGUUCUGCCCCCGUCUCUUCGCUUAUCCUUAUACAGCGAAGAAGAUUUGUAUUUAACUUAGUGGUUCACCAAGUUUUACUGUGACAAUACCUUGUGCUUUCUAAGUAUAAAGAUGUAAAUCAUUUUAAAUACAGUUUUUAGACCCACACACUGCCCCCCCCCCCCGCCCCCCUAGUUUUGGAGCAUCUGGAUCAAGUACCGUACUUCCAGUUCUCCCCCGGGUGCUGUGCGUGUUCCUGGACAUCCUUGCAGACCGCGUCACUUCCACCCGGGACACUUGGCCCUGCUGUGCGGCCCAGUGGCACCCACUCACCCUUUAGGACUCCACUGGCCCCCGUGGUGCUGAAUCCACACGGCUUUCGUCAGCCCUUUCCAGCGAGACUUAGAUGCCCCUUUGCUUCUGCUCAUGCAGUCUCGCCCUCCCGUGUCAUCCCAGGGAUUGCAUUGCUUUAUUGUUUUCCUUACGAUGGUGAGCACUGUGUUUUUAAAAUCUCCCUUUAUACGUAAUGCUUGGUCAACGGUAAACCAUUAGUCAGGUUUCUGCAAUUAACAAGUGAUGGGACUCUGAGUGCCGAGCUCUGCACAGAAGGGCGGCCCCGCUGCGGUCCCCACUGCCACGCCCUCUGCACCGGGGGCUGACCGGGGAACAGGGAGGGCGCUCCUGAGGAGUGACGCGGCACGGGAGUUGGACCCGAGGAAAUGAGAACUUUCUCUUUAAACGCUUGGAACUUCCGUUUUGCCUUCAUGACCCACGUGAACGAACCACUUGGGUCUCACUGCUCGGUACAGGUGUGAGGGCACUACUGGGUGCUUUUUGUACAACUUUCCCACCCCCACACAAUUGGAGGAGAAUUUGUGCGCCAUAACAGUGAUAAUACAAUGCUUUUUACUCUAGAGUAUACGAAACAUGAACGUAUUUUGUAUGUUCAAGCCUGCCAAGUAAAUUCUGUUUCAUGCAGAAUGGAGUAGCUUCCAGCUACCUACCACAUGAGGAAGGUACUGUAAUUCACUCAUCAGUUUUUACGUUCCUGGUACAUGCCAGGUUUUGUCCUAGGCCCUGAGGAUGUACAGCUUUGUAAAACGCCCUCUUUCAGAGUUUGCCUUCUUGUGGGGGGAGUGAACACAUUUUAAAAACACACAGCGUGUUGAGUGGUCGGUGCUGGGAAGGAUAACGUGGGCUUGGGGACUAGUGGGACUCUGGAGAGGAGUGCUGUUUUCGGGGUGGUUGGGAAGGCUCCUCCAAGCACCUGUCUGCUUAGCACUGUGUAUCUUCAGAUUCUACCCCUCCGGCUACGUUGCUUGAACAUUCAGUGCAUUUACAAAGUUUCUCUUUCUCGUGGAAGUUCUGAUACUGCAUUAGGAAGUACUGAGUCGCUGCUUAAGACCUUGUCAAUUUUAUUACAUUUAAAGGGUGGUUCUCUAGUGUGGGCUUUACUAAUGGGUGAGUCUAAAGGCCUUGGUGCAUUUAUUAUACUAAGGGUUUCUCCUUUUGGGUUUUCUCAUAGUUACUGAAACUUAAACUCUGUUAACAGAGUUUUCAUAAAUCCUUUAAUUUGUAUGGUUCUUUCCCUAUAUGAAUUUUCACAUGAAUUUUCAUAUGUCAGGUAGGCUUUGAGACUUGAAGUCCUUCCCACUUCAGUGCAUUUAUAGGGUUUCUGCCCACUGCAAGUUGUUUCGUGCUGAAUGCUGGCCUGCCAACCGAAAGGUUGCUGGUUCAAUUCCCAGCCAAGGCAACUGCCUGAGUUGUAGGCCAGGUCCCCAGUUGGGGGUGUGGGAAAGGCCAGUGAUUAGUGUUUCUCUCGCCCGUCAUUGAUGUUCUUCUCCUUCUCUUUCUCCCUUCCCCUCUCUCUCAAAAUAAAAUCUUUAAAAAAGACUGAAGACUUUCAAAGUCCUUAUUCCUUUGCAUGCUGAGUCAUGGCUAAAAGUCCCACAAUAAAACUACAUUCCUACCUUCACAACCCCACUGUGAAUUCUCCGGUGUUCAUUCAAGUGGGAGAUGUGUCCGAUGCAUUCUGAGACUCAUUUUCAUGGCACUUGUAAUAACCCACAGCUGGCUGACACAGUUUUAAGUUGCUUAAAAUUCCUCUCCCCCUUUCAGGGUUCUUUUGUGGUUCACAGAAGGGUCCCCAUCUGCCAUAGAAUCCAGGAUUCUGUGGUUCUCUAAUACCACUGUCUUGUAGUGAAGAUCUAAGUGGCUUUAUUAAUGGAUCCACGGACGGGGCUACCAUCUAGCAGUUAGAAGGGCGCUCCCCUGUAUUUUUUAACACAAUACGAGAUAUUAUGGAAGUAUUACGUUAGAAUACAUUUAAUGUAUCUACACUUAAAGUAUGUGUUAUGUACUUACGCUGUAUUCUUUACUGUUUUGUUUGUUUUCCUACUUCUAUGAAAAUUUCCAAGUAAAAUGUUGUGGAGCAUAUACAAUUUUUUAAAUAAAAUGAUGUUCCCACAU